AUGAUGAGAACUGUGAAUACUUUCUCUGCUUCAACAGGAUUAAUGAUAAAUCCUAACAAAUGUAGAGUUUACUGUGGAGGGAUGGACAGAGAUGCAAAGGAAACCAUGUCUCAAGCUUCUGGCUUUGAAGAGGGUAAGCUCCCUAUGAAAUACCUAGGAGUGCCAAUAACUUGUAAGAGACUGACAAUUAACCAGUAUAUGCCACUGAUAGAGAAAAUUGUUCAUAGGCUGAAGCAUUGGAUUGUGAAUCUGCUAAGCUACUCUGGUAGAAUUAUGUUGGUUAAAAGUGUGAUCCUAGCCAUUGCCCAAUACUGGAUGAAAUGUAUUCCCCUUCCCCAAACUGUUAUUGACAAAAUUGACAGGCUUUGUAGAACUUUCAUAUGGACUGAUAUUUGGAAGAAGGUAUUGACCUGGCUGAAUUAUGAUCAUCAGCCUCUGAAGUGGCAAGAGGAAUUAAAAUGGGUACUCAAAGCUACAUCCAAGAAAGGGACUAGGGCUAAAUUGUUGAAAAUGGCUUUCACUGAAUCUGUCUAUGGUAUUUGGACAAGAAGGAAUGAUAUAGUUUUUAAUCAUACUAGUCACACUGAUUUUGUACCGAAUAUUAUUGAUUGUAUAGUUUAUAGAAGUUGGAAUUAUAUGAAACUUAGGAAUUAUAUAGGCCAAUUGAUGUUCUAG